AUGAAGGAUUGCCCUGUGAUAAAGCUGGAGAACCGACUGAAGACUUUGGGUCGAGUAUUUGUUCUUACGAAGCAGGAGGCGAAAGCCUCUACCACAGUGUUUCAAGCUACGCUCUUUGUUUGUGGUAGAGAAGCUAGAAUUUUAAUUGACGCUGGUUCCUCUCAUUCAUUUGUUGCACCUCAUUUUGCAUAUCAAAUGAAUAUUGAGCCUUCACUUCUUGAAUACACAUUAGUAGUGGGCACACCUGUGGGAGAUUCUAUGGAAACAGACAUGGUAUACAAACAAUGUGAGGCUUUUCUUGAGGGGUGUGUCCUUCUAAUAGACUUAAUACUUUUAGAUAUCCAGGACUUUAAUGUUAUUUUGAGCAUGGAUUGGUUGUCUACACACCCUGUCACUGUUGUCUAUUAUAAUAAAACUGUGACCUUUAAACGCCCUAAUCAACCUAAGCUGCACUUUGUUGGUAUCAAGGAUGCUCUCGCUCCACAUUUUAUUUCGACCCUUCGGACUUACCGUCAUUUGGCUAAAGGAGGUGUCAAAUACUUAGCCUAUGUGGUAGAAAAUCGGGACGUCCUGGCUAAGCUAGAAGAGAUACUAGUGGUAAGAGAAUUCCCAAGAACUUUUACCAAAGAGUUGUUAUCUUUGCCUCCAGUAAGGGAGAUAGAGUUUGAGAUGGAUGUGCUCCCUAGUACUGCUCCCAUCUCAAAAGCCCCAUAUUGGAUGGCCCCAGCAGAAUUGAAGGUGCUGAAAGAGAAAUUGUAG